ACCUGAUAGGGCAAAGCCACGACACAGUAAAAAGAUGACUGCCACGUGUACGAACCUCGAUAAGCCGGUACAUAUCUGUACAACAAGAAACAUCCGGUAACCGGUCAUCUCUCUCUCUCAAUCAAAAGUUUCUUUUAAGGAAUCGAAUCAAACAAUAAUAAAAUGAUAUCACAUUUUCUUCUAUAAAUCUUAGAUUUCUCCUCCUUCUAUAAGAUAUCUAAGUGAGUCUUUAGGGGUUUUGUUUCUGUGUAAAAUGGACAUGGGGAAAGAGAAGGAAGAAGUUUCUCUUGAAACUCUGAGUAAGAAGAUGGAUGAUUUUGCAAAGGCUAGAGAUUGGGAGAAGUAUCACAGCCCAAGGAACCUCCUUUUAGCCAUGGUGGGUGAAGUGGGAGAGUUAUCAGAGAUAUUCCAAUGGAGAGGGGAAGUGGAAAGAGGACUUCCAGAUUGGAAAGAGGAAGAUAAAGUGCAUCUCGGAGAAGAAUUAUCAGAUGUGUUGUUGUAUCUGGUGAGGCUUUCUGAUGCAUGUGGGGUUGAUUUGGGCAAAGCCGCUCUGCGCAAACUCGAGCUCAAUGCCAUUAAGUACCCAGCACCCAAACCGACUGAUCAUUGUGGUGAUUCAAGCGACAAUACUAAGUUGAAAGAAGAUAAUUAAUCUAUGCCUUUUUUUUUAAAUAAACAAUUCUAAUGUGAGUUGUUGACUCUUGCAUUGUACAACUUUCCCAUUGGUCUCUUUAUAUUUGGUUUCACUGUCUUGCACUGAAUUGGAUAUUGAUUGACAUAAGCGUUCACUUUUUAUAUCAUGAA